CGAACGCUGCUGUUUCUUCUGCUGUUGUGUGGCCUCUAGCUAACUGGGCUCCCUGUGGUGGUGGCUGAGGUGGUUGUGGCCUGCAGUGCGUUGAAAAGCCAUUGGCUUCAAGGGAAAUGUGUUUGGCCUCUCGACGACAGCGGUUUUGGCUUUGUUGAUUGUUAAACAUGGUUGAUUUUCUGGGUGGGGAGCCAAUAUAAUUAAUUGGUUGUAUGUAAUUUCGGGAAACUACUCAGCGGCGGAAACGGAAGGUGAAAAAAUCAUUUAGCAGUUUCGCGUUAUAUUUUUAGUGCAGCAAAUGUUAUUGAAGGACAACAGUGACUUGUGGCAAUUUGAGUAGAAAACUGUGUCCGGAGCCAUCAUCACAUGAUUGGUGCGGUGCGUGUUCGGAGAAGAGCAACAUCUGCGCGUGGAGCCACGAAGAUUGUGUGAUGAGCAUUCUUUCUGUUGAGACCUCUGCUGUUGGUUGGUUUUUGUGGCUGGCAUGAGUUUUGGAACCUGCUGUGUGCGUGUUUCUGAUGAUGAUAUUGGUUGGUCGGCACGGAUAGUUUUUCUAUAGUUUACCACAUCAAUUAUGUACUCAGUCAGGUUACCGUGAAAUAGAAUAAAGCCAGAAAGAGAGAGAGAGAAAAUUUGAAAAGUGUUACAUUGUUGAACCAGCUGCCUGUGACAAAAGACAACAUCGUUCGUUAUUGUUCACGGCGUCAAGUCACGUGCACACACGCUGAGUACAUUAUUUAAUGCACGUAGCAAUAGCAACAGCAACUUCAACAACGGCUGAAUGGCGUCGUCGGCGGAGACAACUGCAGACCUACAGGACUGGGAAUAUGUCAAGCAAGGCAUCGCAUUAUGGCUCAACAAUCAACCAAAAGCGGCCGAGGAAAGUUUCAACAAUCGCGAAUCGAGCGUGCACAUCGUGGCGGGACAUACAUUCAUAUCGUUCAUGAAUGCCGUCAUAUCGUGGGAAACGGAAAAAAUGAACGAAGCCCAAAGUUUGCUAAGGGAGUUGGAAAAGAAGUGUGCUGGUGACAUUGGCUGGCUGAAGACCAUGCGUACGAAGUUGUUCGGUAGCUACGAGCCUCGAAAGUCGCUCGCCGAUGCACUAGAAGAGCAAAUCAUCUUGGCAGACACCCAACUGUGCUUGGCCAUUCUGGUGUCCCUGAGCCAGGACAUCGGUGGAUUUGUCAAGGGCGGUUGGCUGCUACGAAAAGCGUGGAAAGUGUACCAACACACCUAUAGUCAAAUCUAUCAGCUGUACAGCAAAACACUCUCUUGUGACAAUAUACCGCAAGCGCCAUUGAAACACCAAUUGCAGAGUUCAAUACUGGAAUUGGGGACGCCAUCGUCCGUCGAUUGGACGGUGCCCAACUCGGUGCUUCAAACACCCAAUGCUAUCGAUGAUAAACAAAUUCACCUCACCAUCAACGGCCGCCCAUCUACGGAAGACCUUCGGCGGGAGUUAUCCAAAUCACGCACACAAUUUUUUACGCAAACAAAUGAGCUGGCCACCGGUGGUGAGACCAGUAGUAGCACAAGUACAACCACCGGAAGUUGUGGUAGUGUGAAAAGAAGCUUUACGACUCAGUUCGAAGGAGUUGACCUGACGGCGAACAGCGGAAAUGGCAGUAGUAUUACACCACAAAGUGCCUCAAAUGUUUCCAGUAGCAAUGAAUCCAUUACGGAACCGGUUGAACAAGCCGUAAGCCGUGAAGCCCUAAGGUUGGAUAUUGGAGGCGUGAAUUCGAGGCGACGUUCGCGCAAUGGUCUGAACGGGCUAAAAACGGUUAGACCACCUCCGGAACCGGCAAUUAAUGACAUAACACAAGGAACCACAGCAGAUGAUAACAGGCAAAUCGCUCCGGAAGACGUUCGUCGGCUGAUGGGUGCCGUUAGCUUCGGUUAUGGCGUAUUCCAAUUGAGCAUUUCCCUACUGCCACCGAGCUUGCUGAAAUUGAUCAGCUUUCUUGGAUUCGAAGGCGAUAGGACUAUGGGCGUUGCUUGUUUGAUGCAUUCGAGAACCAGUGGAGACAUGAGGGCACCCCUAUCGACGUUGGCGUUGCUCUGGUACUACACCAUCGUGACGCCAUUCUUCGCCCUGGAUGGGUCCAACUUGAAGUUUGAGAUUUGCUCCGCACAGGAGUUGAUAGAGGAAUCAAGCGAGUUUGCCAAGUCAUCACUGUUUCUGUUUUUCCGCGGACGGGUCGAAAGGUUGAAGUCCAACAUCAAGGAAGCCAUCCUGGCAUAUGAGUUUGCCUAUCGAUCGUCGGCUCAACGAGAAAUCAAGCUACUGUGCUUGCAUGAAAUCGGAUGGUGCAGACUGAUUCAGUUAGACUACGGUACAGCGAUGAACAAUUUCAAAGACUUACGACGAUGCAGCCAAUUUUCCAAGAGCUUUUACGCCUACCUGACGGUCAUAUGUCAGGGAUCGCAUGGCUACUUUGACGAACUGAUCAAGUGGCGAUCGGAAAUCUCUGAGCUACUCAGUCGAUCCAGCCAGAAAGAGUCACAGAUAGAGAAGUACAUCCUUCGGAGGUGCCAAAAAUUGCCGAAAGGCGAAACGGAACAGGAAAAGUUCGAUUGCAGCUAUUGGAGACUGUUAGUGUAUGAGAUGCUGUUUAUGUGGAAUGCUUUGAGUAGUUGCAGCGAACUGUCCCUGAUGGCGAUAAUAGAGGAUUGCAGCAAAUCGAACGAAGAGCUGAAUGAACCCUCGCUGGGCCUGGGACGUCUCAUUUUGGGUGCGAGUUUGGUUUCUGUGAAACGCUACGAAGAAGCAAUCGAUGCCUAUCGAACGUGUAUCGCGAUGCGAGAAGGCGAACAGCUACAGCAGGAUGUGCACAUUUCCGCUUUCGCCCAUUACGAACUAGCAAUGUUGUUGCUCCGACAGCAGCAAAGUGAGGCAAAAACGGAGGCCAAACAGUUGCUUCUACACGUGCAACAAAACUACCGGAGUUUUGAUUUCGAUAAUCGCAUUAACGUCCGAAUACAUUCGAUUCUGCGGAAGCUUAAUUGAGGAUGAGACACGCUUAGCAGCUCAUUAUGCGGGGUUUAUUUGCUUGUUUAUUAUACAGAGAAUGGGAUUAAAUGCUGGGUGGAAAAUUAAACAUUGAUACUCAUUGAAUGAUAAAAACAAAACUGUGAAGCUUAUACGACUUGUACUAUCCUUGUCGUAUUUAACCAAUGUAUCAAUUUAUGUUGUAAAAGUAAAAUGAUUAAUCCAUUAGUUUUCACGUGAUUCAUUGGUGCCUUAUUUGACUGGAAAAUAACCAUUCGAUCGUAGCUGUAUUUUAUUCGGGAAGCACCCGUUAACACAUUCGGCAAUACCUAACCAUCCUAGUAUGCAAGUAUGCAGAGCAGUUUAAAUACAAACGAAAACAAAGCGAUCGUGGUUUCGUAUAAAUGUAAAAUUUGUAUGGUUUAACUAUAUUGUUACACACUGGAACAAACAAAGACAAAUAAGAAGCAAAAUGAUACACGUUCAAUAAUGUGAUAAUAUGAAUUGA